AUGCCUCAUCUCACCGAUGCGUUACAAGAGAUCAACGUUCGUAUACCUUACAGAACGGUGAUCUCUCCCAACGCCACGGGUGAUGAAAUCUCCGUGGAGCUUCUUCGGAUGAUGACUCGGCCCACUAGAGUGUUUGUUGUCCACACUGAAGAUCUACUCGCCUCGAGAUUUUUCGCCAAAGCCAAGGAGAUUGGUUUGAUGAAGCAAGGAUAUAUCUGGAUCCUUAUAACCAACAGCAUUACAGAUGGUCUUAGUCUCAUGAAAGAGACGGAAACUGAUGCAAUGCAGGGGAGGGAGUAUGUACCAAGAUCCGACAAGCUUGAAGCAUUUAAAUCUAAAUGGAAGAAUAGAUUCCCAGUCUCUGACCUGAGCGUGUAUGGACUUUGGGCUUAUGAUGCCACCACUGCACUUGCGUUGGCCAUCGAAGAAGCUGGGACAUCAAAUUUGAUUUUUGUCAAGACAGAUGCCACCAUGAGGAACAUGUCUGGACUUCAAGGUCUAGGUGUAUCUCAAUACGGUCCAAAACUUCUCCAGACACUCUCCAAAGUCCGGUUCAAAGGUCUUUCUGGUGAUUUCCGGUUUAUCAAUAGAGAACUGCAGCCGUCAGUGCUUGAGAUUGUUAACGUGAAUGGUCAUGGAGGAAGGACCAUAGGAUACUGGACGAAAGAACAUGGUCUCUUCAAGCACGUUGACCAAAGACAAGCCACCACGACCACUUUCACUACUUGGAAAGAUCGACUCAGACCAAUCAUAUGGCCUGGUGACACCACCUUUGUGCCCAAAGGAUGGGAGAUUCCGACAAAUGGGAAAAGACUGAAGAUUGGAGUCCCAACUAAUAACCAUUUCCCGCAGUUUGUGAAAGGUACAAAGGAUCCCAUCACCAACUCAACAAUAUUCAGUGGAUUCUGCAUCGACUACUUUGAGGCUGUUAUUCAAGCGAUGCCUUAUGAUGUGUCCUAUGACUUCUUUCCUGUAGAAGAUAUGGAUUACGAGACUAUGGUCUACCAAGUGUACCUCGGGUUUCCUGUGAAGUUCGUGUUUGAUUUGGUUCUUGGAGGUGUGAGCUAG